AUGAAGGAAGUCGGGUUGGACACAAGUCAAAUUGUCAAGCCUUCGGAAAUUCAUGAGUGUCUUUCAAGCAUCCUGGAGUCAGUCAGGGUGAAUGGAGACAUACGAGACAUGAUCCAGUGCCUGCGUUUUGAUGGGAUCCAGACAUGUCUGCUUUCGCAUACAAGGAAAAGAGAAGGAAGAGACGCAAACAUGGUCAAGGAUGAGAUGGCCGUGCUCAACAAAGAGAUGAUUCGGCAUUUCAAUGCUACGUUUCAAUAUUCCGACCAACAGUUCAAGAAGGAACCUCAAAUCUUUCACGAGAUAUUCAAUAAAUUCUCUUUGCAUCCGGAGGAGGUGGUCUUUUUAGACCCACGGAAAGAUAUGCUUCAACCAGCUGCCAAACUCGGUGUGAAAACGUUGCAGGCUGAGAAUGCCAACAAGGCAAUCGAGCUUCUUGAGGAUGAAUUGCAAGUCCCGUUGCGCAACUUUGCUUGGACUCGUGAUCAAUAUGCGAAGGUCUUGUGGGUAUCCAACAAAGAUUGUAAUAGUGCAAGCACAUAG